AUGGGUGCUGCAGCUACUCAGUACCCAUAUGGAAUCACUUCACAUUCUUGUGUAAAAUUUGGUCACAAAUCGGAGAUUUCGAGCUCUAAUUUUCCAUAUGAAGUGGAAUUAUCAAGAUUCAACUUGUAUCCAAGUUCAGAUUCCACUAAUAACUCCAAGGUUUGUGGUAGUCGAAUACGUGCUCUACCUGAUAUCGAUGAUAUAUUCUCGGACAUAAUUGCUACACCAUUACUUGAUGUGGUUGAAAACCCUAUCAACUUGAAGAAUUUAACCAUUAAGGAACUGAAACUUUUAGCUAGUGAAAUUCGUUCAGAGCUGUCUUCCAUAAUGUCAAAGACAAAAAACGACUUUAAGGCCAGUUUGGCAGUGGUUGAACUGACAGUUGCAAUUCACCAUGUUUUUCAUGCUCCAGUUGAUAAGAUACUGUGGGAUGUUGGGGAACAAACAUAUGCACAUAAAAUUCUCACUGGAAGGAGAUCUCUUAUGCAUACUUUAAGACAAAAGGAUGGUCUUUCCGGAUUUACAUCUCGGUCUGAGAGUGAAUAUGACCCGUUUGGAGCAGGACAUGGAUGUAACAGUAUUUCUGCUGGACUUGGCAUGGCAAUUGCUCGUGAUAUUAAAGGGAAGCGGGAACGUAUUGUUACAGUCAUUUGCAAUGGCACAACUAUGGCUGGUCAGGUCUAUGAAGCAAUGGGUAAUGCAGGCUAUUUGGACUCAAAUAUGAUAGUGAUUUUAAAUGACAGCCGACACUCUUUACACCCCAAGAUUGAAGAGGGCUCCAAGACUUCAAUCACCGCUCUAUCUAGUACCCUAAGCAAGCUCCAGUCAAGUAAAUCAUUCCGGAGGCUUAGAGAAGUUGCAAAGGGUGUUACCAAGAGGAUAGGUAUGUAUGAAUUAGCAGCUAAAGUUGAUGAGUAUGCACGUGGUAUGAUGGGUCCAUUGGGAUCAACUCUCUUCGAAGAACUUGGGUUGUACUACAUAGGCCCUGUUGAUGGACACAAUAUUGAAGAUUUAGUUUGUGUUUUACAAGAAGUGUCAUCUCUGGAUUCAAUGGGUCCUGUCUUGAUACAUGUAAUAACUGAAGAAAAUCAGUGUGCAGAAUAUAAGCAACAGAGUGAGGCAAUGGAGAAUCAGCAGGAAGGUUCAUGUGACCUGGAUGGAUUGCUGUAUGGUAUGCGUACUCCAACAUACAGUGAUUGCUUUGUCGAGGCUCUGAUCAUGGAAGCAGAGAAAGACAAAGAUGUUGUGAUUGUUCAUGCAGGAAUGGAAAUGGAAACAUCAUUUCAACUAUUUCAGGAAAGAUUUCCAGACAGGUUUUUCGAUGUGGGAAUGGCUGAGCAACAUGCAGUUACAUUUUCAGCUGGCUUGUCAUGUGGAGGGUUAAAGCCAUUUUGCAUAAUUCCUUCAGCUUUUCUACAGAGAGCUUAUGAUCAGGUGGUCCAUGAUGUAGAUCGGCAACAGAUUCCAGUUCGUUUUGUCAUUACAAGUGCAGGACUGGUAGGAUCUGAUGGCCCUGCUAUGUGUGGAGCAUUCGAUAUAACAUUCAUGUCAUGCUUACCAAACAUGAUCGUUAUGGCACCAUCAGAUGAGGAUGAGCUUGUGGACAUGGUGGCUACUGCAGUCCAUAUUAAUGAUCGUCCAGUUUGCUUUCGGUAUCCAAGGGGUGCCAUUGUUGGAACUGAUCAUUAUACACAUAGUGGUAUUCCCAUUGAGAUCGGAAAGGGAAAAAUUCUUGUGGAGGGUCAAGAUGUUGCUUUGCUUGGGUAUGGGGCAAUGGUUCAGAACUGCCUCAGAGCUCAGGCCCUUCUUUCAAAGCUUGGCAUUGAGGUAACUGUUGCUGAUGCAAGAUUCUGCAAGCCACUUGACAUGAAGCUUCUCAGACAGUUAUGUGAAAACCAUGCCUUUCUAGUCACAGUUGAGGAAGGCUCUAUUGGAGGAUUUGGAUCCCAUGUUUCACAGUUCAUUGCCCUUGAUGGACAGCUUGAUGGAAGAACUAAGUGGCGACCAAUUGUUUUACCAGACAAUUACAUCGAACAUGCACUGCCAAAGGAACAGCUUGAUCUUGCUGGGCUGACAGGACAUCAUAUUGCUGCAACAGUGCUGAAACUGCUUGGUCGCACCCAUGCAAUGCUCUUGCUGAAGCUGCCUCAGAGAAAAGAGCUGAAAACAGAAGAAGCCCAAGAUUACUUCAAGUAUACACAGGGUAACAAAGAAAAGUAUGACCUAUUUGUGAAAUAUACGAUAAAUCAUCAGGGCUCGCACAAAAAUGAAGCAACAGCACCAAUGGAAGUCACCCUGUAUACAAUUCCAAAAGAGUGCCAAACAUUAUCAUUUCUCAUUAUUCUCUAUAUGCAGUUCUCUACAAUUCCGUUCAUAUUUGUGCGGGGUUUGGUAGUAUAA